AAAUCAGAUCGAUUUUCUUUUUUCCACCAGGAUCGUCGUUCAAUAUCUUGCCGAAAUAUUUCGGCACAUGGUCACGAGCCCCUUGAUUUUGAAAUAAAUAGGUUAAUUGUGUUAAUAAAUUACAAUGGGAGGUGUAGGAAGCAGGUUCCGUGUUUAUAACUCAGGUUUGACGAGUGUAGACGCACCAAACGUAGAAGAUGCUAAUAAACGUGAAAACCCUGGUACUAUCGAUGAAUUGCACAAAAAGACCAAAGAGGUGAUGCCAGUUAAUUUUGAAGGAGGCAAGCUUAUAGUAAACAAAGGUAUCUCCAAUCAUUUCCAGAUGUCCCACACAUUAACAAUGAGUUCAAUGCAGAGUGGAUACAAACUAGGAGGAACAUACAUAGGCACAAAACAGAUAUCGCCCACGGAGGCAUUUCCUGUGAUGCUGGGUGAGGUGGAUCCAUCGGGGAAUGUAAACUGUAACUUUGUUCAUCAGCUGACACCCGAUGUGAGACUGAAGGCUGCUGCUCAAAUCCAAGAAUGUAAGCUGACAGCCACACAGGGCACGGUGGAGUAUAAGGGCUCCGACUACACGAUAGCCAUGGCUUAUGCCAAGCCCGACUUCAGUGAAAAGUCAUCUGUAUUAGUCGGACAAUACUUACAGUCGGUGACACGACGAUUGGCGCUAGGCGCGGAGCUUGUAUAUCAGGCGAGCCCGCGCGUGCCGGGAGGCGAGAUAGCGGUCGCGUCGGGUGCGGCCAGGUACACCAUGGACGAUUCUGAGGUAUCGGCCACAGUGAGUCCGGCCAGCUUCCACAUUUGCUACUUCAAACAAGCCAGUGAACAAUUGCAGGUGGUAGCUGAAAUGGAGACUUCCUUCAGAGGCAUGGAGUCAACAGGCACUAUAGGCUACCAGGUCACAAUACCAAAGGCAGAUCUAGUAUUCAGAGGUAUGGUGGACUCGAACUGGACAAUCGGAGCGGUGUUGGAGAAGAAACUUCAGCCGCUGCCAUUCACAUUUGCUCUGUCCGGCAUGGCCAACCAGGCCAAACAGCAAUUUAAGUUUGGAUGCGGGUUCUACAUCGGAUAGACUGUGUCAGUGUUUGUGUUGCUCGGGACUAGUGCAGUGCUGUCAGUGUUUUAGUUUCAGCUGUAGUUAGUCAGACCAAUGAUGUUUAAAUAUGUUACAGAAGAAUCAACAACUAAGUAAAUUGUGCAUGUGAUUAUAAGCAAUUGAUAAAAAAUAGAAGUGUCGUUUUUAAAACUAUUAAAAGCUUGUAUUUUGUACUCCUAGUCAUUUGGUUUACAAUUUGAUGCAAGCUGGAAGUAUUUAAAAUAAACAAAAAUCUAUUACUUAUAAUAAUAAUAAACAAUAUUUUUAAAACUUAAUUAACAAUUUGUAACAAAUCUGUUACUAGUCUUGAGCAAAUUGUUGAAGAAUAAGUUCCAUGAUAAUGUAAUGAAAAAGUAUUUUGGACAUAAUUUUAGAUUUUAUUGGCAGUAAACAUAUUGUUAUGUUUGUUUAAAUUCAAUUUGUAACUAUAAAGUUACAAAUUGAAUUUAAAAUAUGUCUUUAAUCUUUAUGAUGGAUAACCAUCAUAAAGGUUAAAGACUUUAUAUUAGCAAUAAUUAAGAAGUGUGAGUCCAAAAUACAAAUUGCUAAAUAGAAUUUUGGCUCAUUUUUUCUGAGUCAAGAAUGCACUGCACCAAAUAAGCAUUUAAUUGAGGUUAUAAACUUCUAUUCUGUUAGUGAAUGAAAUAUUAAUAUUAUUAUGUCCAGAAAAGGGAAAGGAAAAGGAUUUUAGGAUAUAUAUUACUGCCCGAAAGUUUAUUUUAUGUACCUAAGUUAGCUAAUAGUUGACCAAAAUUUAUUUUCUUUUGGUGCAUUUAUAAAUGGAUUUUGUGUAUUUAAUUUUAAACUUAUGUUUACUUUAUAAUUAUUUGUGCAUUACACAAAAGUGUAUUGCUUUUAUCAAAAAUAUAUGCCAUCAUCAAAAAGUAUAUUAUGCAGUAUGCUAUUCUUCUGAUAUCAUUGGAAAAGUUUAGUUUUCAUAAAAUAAACACAAGAUUAACCAAAUAAUUAUGUACUAUUAAAUAUUUGAUGCAACUUAUAGAAAAAAGAUAGAACUUAGUUCCUAAAAUGUAUGUUCAGUGACCCACUAACAUCUUAUUUGUAAUGGUUAUAGAAAUCACAGUUUUACUGACAAAUAUAGAAAUGCCACCAUAAGAAA